AUGAGGUUGGUGAUGGCACUGGCUGAGUCAGCGCCUCCCUUUCCCUCCGGAAUCAACAACACAAUCUGGCCAACCCAGCAGCUCUCACCGUCUGCCGGCCCUGCAGACAUGUAUGGUGAUGAUUUUGCCGUCUCGCAGCUGGCGAUUCCCGCUGUCAGCGUGCUCAUCAGCUUCCUCGCGUACACCUCGCAAUAUUUCUUCCUGCACUUCGAGUCAGCACCACUCCAAAAAGAUGAGGCCUGGAAGAUCAAUAUAUUCGCCUUGUGCAUUUGGAUAUGCUAUUUCCGCGCUUGCUAUACAGACCCCGGUCGUCUCCCCAGGGAAUCAGCUGGUCAAAAGCCGGACGGUGGCUCUGCCCAUAGUCGCCAGCGAUGGUGUCGCAGCCUUCUUGGAACUAACUUUUCGGUAGAUGCAUUCCUAAAAUGGACCACCAUUGUCCAUGGACAAACAACUGUGUGUCGUAUUUCACUUUCCCUCACUUUACUCGCUUUCUAUUCUAUGCGGUGGUCGUACCUUGGCCCUUCAAUUGUGCAACUUGGCCACCUCGCUAUUCUAUUUAUAGUCAACAGCAUGACGGUUUUUGCAUUGUUUGUUUUGCUAGUCCGAACCGUGUGGUCUCUCGGAUCUAAUACUACCACCAUUGAAUCCUGGGAAAUUGAACGACAUGCCACCUUGAUCCGCCGGGCUCGUGUCCUAGGUGGAUAUCUCGAUGGCCCCGGGGGCGUUCGCAUUCACAUCAAGCAACAAGAGUUUCCUUAUGAUAUUGGCAUCUGGGCCAACAUCAAACAAGGCAUGGGAGGAAGCUCUAACUUUAUAAGCUGGUUCUGGCCACUCGCUUUCACACCUAACCGUUCUUCAGGCUGGGAUUUCGAGGUGAAUGGUUUCGAGAGCCCCGGUGUCUCAUGGCCACCACCAGAUCCAGAUCGAAUUCCUUUGCCAACGAGUGCCAAACAGGAACCUCAAAUGCCGCAGAUAUACGCCUCUGCAAGGGAAGAAGUUGAGGCUUUCCAGCGUCGUCAAUCGGAAGAUAUGAAGCGCCAGAGACCAUCCGAGGGAGUCCAACGUCGAAAGAGAUUCUAUGAUCGUUACAAGGAACUCAAAGACGAUGAAGAAGAGCGUGAGGUUUCUCCGGAACGUGCGUCUGCAAUUGCCUCUGAUGAAGGCGAGGAAUCCUGGCGCAACUCCGAGGGAGAGCGACUGCGCGAUUUUGGAGUCGACGAAGAUGUCGAAUUCUACGAUGAGGAAGAUAUUCCGUUGGCUGUCCUUAUCGAACAACGAAAGCAAAGAAAACAGUGA